ACAUCCAUUCACAAUUGGUUUUGUAUUUUGUUACGAAUAAAAGUGAUUAGAAAAAGACGAUUGGUUAAACUGUACAAAAAUUCUUACACUGCUUUAGUAAAUAACCAUGACUUUCGGCCGGCAUACGUAAUAACAAUAUAAGGUCCAGCCGGUGACAAGAAGCGGAUGACGGCGAAGUUCGUCGCGUCAGAUAUCGCGAAUAUAUAAUCGACGUUUACUAUACCGCCCUCACAUUUCGAAUUUAUGUCGCGAAGACGGUGCGCCCGUCUCGGUUAAUGGUAUAAUUAUACGUGAUAAAUAAUUUAUUAUAAAUAGUGGCUGGUAUUAGAUAGAAUACCAACCGCAAUCCGUGAAUCGGUGGACAGUGUUUUAUUAAAAGGCUGCACGAGGGAAUUCUGGGAACAUGGAGUAUAAAUCAUCGAUGACUUAUAACCUAGAUCUCUCACCAAACUACUCAUACAUUUUCGACUUCGAAAAUCAUUUUAUACAUCAGGGUUACCGAAAAUGGAUGAUUGAGAAUUGGACGAACGCGUUCUACUAUGUCGGAAUUUACAUGGCGUUCAUUUUUGGAGGUCAAUAUUACAUGCAGAAUCGACCGAGGUUUGAACUGCGGCGCACGUUAAUAGUAUGGAACACCGGUCUGGCGUUGUUCAGCAUAAUGGGGGCGUGCCGGACCUUCCCAGAGUUCUUUCAUGUCCUCAAGAAUCAUGGGCUGUACCACUCGAUUUGUGUACCGAGCUUUAUCGAACAAGACAAAGUAUCCGGUUUUUGGACGACGAUGUUCGUCCUCUCAAAAGUACCAGAACUCGGUGACACAGUCUUCAUUGUGCUGAGGAAGAAGCCCCUGAUCUUCCUCCACUGGUACCACCACAUCACAGUCCUGCUGUACACCUGGUUCUCAUUCACCGAGUACACGUCAUCCGCCCGUUGGUUCGUCACUAUGAACUAUUUCGUUCACAGCGUGAUGUACUCCUACUACGCGUUAGUAAGUAUGGGCAAGUACCCUCCGAAAUUCUUCGCGAUGACCAUCACCUUCCUCCAGCUCACACAGAUGAUAGUCGGCUGCGCUAUCAACAUCUGGGCCCACAAUUACAUGGCGGCAGCUCCGCAGCGCUCCUGUGGGAUCAGUCAAAUCAACAUCAAACUAUCCAUGGCCAUGUAUUUCUCUUACUUCGUCCUGUUCGCCAGGUUCUUCUACAAGGCCUACCUCUCGCCCAAACCGGGGAAGAAAGCAAAAAUCGAGCCGGAAAUCACCGCGCCGCCCAAGAAGGAGUUCAAUGGUUACCCCAGACAAAGAAAUGGUGUUGUGCACUAGUCCAAUCUGUGAUUUUAAUUAGGUCGAGCCGUCGGGUAAUGUCAGGUUUUCAUCGCUAUAGCCUAAACACGUUCUCUGUAUUGCCAAAUUUUUCUAGAUAUUUUUACCCGCUUUGUGACCGUCACAUAGAGAUGCAAUGGAGAGAAAGGCUUUUUAAAAGUCUAAACACCUAACUCGACCUCAAAUCAAAAGGUUUGAGAAUAAAGGUAAAGUUAAAUAUCGAUUUUCGAUUCCAAUUAUGAUUUAUAUAAUUCGCGUUCUAAUUUUAAAUAUACUAAAUAGAACUGGCCUGAAAGAAAAAGCGAAAAAAAAACAUAAAUUAAUUGUUAGCGACAUGUAAUGUUUUUGAUUGAAGCGAAAUUGAAGAUUCAAAUUGCUUCACGACGGAUACAGAUGACAGCAAUCUUAAUCGUAUUUGACCUCGGAGUGGACUUAUCGUGUUUCUGCACGUUUUACUUUAUCGUAUGUUAACAUAUGUUAUGACAUGAUUAACUAUCCGGGUUUAAUGUUUUAUAAUAUUGUCUUAACAAUUGAGAACAUUUUAGGUUUUGUGUAUCCAUAGAUUAAAAAUCUAUCGUAUGCUGUGGUCUUAACUAGAAUAAUAGAAAGAGCUACUUUAGGUAGUGCUAUGUAGUCUGUGGCAGUAGACAGAGCGGGUAAAUGUGAUUUAAGUGUUAGUCUGUCCUAUAAGAAACCUACAAAUAAGUUGCUUUUUAAAAACCAUAUAACCAGUUUCGCAGUUUCACCACGUGCCAAAACAAUUUAAAGCACUAUCUUACAGCCAUUGAAGGGUUUUAUUAAUGAAAGUUACCAUUUCCUUUGAUAAAAACCUGAAAUUAUCUGAAAUCGGCCUCGAAUUAGGACGACCGCCAUUACAUUCCACACUAGAUUUUUCGCGGGGUCGAACGAUUUGGUACGUUACAAAAUGGCGGCGUCUUUAAGGUUCUGGUCAGAGACGUCAAAAACAUAAAUCCCAGUUCUCUGACCAAGUUGUGAACGCUUCUAAUACAUUUUAACGACAACGUUCUCGUUUACAAUAACUAUUAGACGGGCAGUUAAAACGGGAAUAAAGCAAAAUUUUAAUGUUACGAUUAACGACUCGUUUUUUGUAACAUUACUUUUUGCGAGUAGAUAUAGACUAGACUAGAUUCGGAUUAGGACGGUGAUAUACAAAUUCAAGUUCAAUGCAAUUUUUUUGGAUCGGCAUUUGCGAAGCGUUCAAGUUGUUAUCGUAUUUAUUGAGUGAUUUUUUUUAAUUUAUUUGUAUCGCCUGUGUAGGUUAUAAUUUGCGUCGCCGAAAAUCGUCUGAAAUCAAUUCGUAAUCGGAAGCAUUUAAGAAUAUAAAGCAUUGUGAAUUUUAAAAAGGUCGAUAUGCAAAACCUGUCAACUGUCUCAACUUGACAGGUGUCAAAGUCGUUGUCAGCUUGACGGAUUUGAGAUUACGCGUUGAUUCGCGGUUCCUAUCACAGAUGUUGGACCUUAUGGAGAAAUCUAAGUUCACUAAACGCAAUUAAUAUGUUGCAUUAAUUUGUAUUAGACAAUAUGAGGCGAAUGUUUAGACGAGAGGCGAUUUCGUUAAUAAUUUAUUAUGCUUGUAUAACAGGCAUUCAGGUAGCGGAAAUAAUCGGAGUUCUUUAAUGUAUUUUAUUGCAUGGCAAUAAGGUUUGAAUUUAAUUGCAAAAGGGACUUUUGUCUAAUACCGCUUGUCAAGGUACAAAUUUUUGAACCUUUUAUAGUUUGAUUGGAGAUGAAUGUAUAAAGAAAUGGCUCGUGGUUUGCUUUAGCCAAACGUUGUACAAAGCUUAGUUUUAGCGUUAUAAACAAUAUUUUCCAGUUAAAAGUCGACAUAGAAAAUUUAGAAUCUCGAAAAUUUCCCGUAAUCUAUAUGAGAGGUCAUUUUAUUUUAAAAAGGUUAAAGGAACGUAUUCCCAUGCUCAUUCGUAUUGGAAUCGUUGGAGAGAUUUUCUUCGUGGUAAAACUAAGGAUGGACAUUACAAAGAUAAGCGUGUGUGAUUAACCAAACAUACUUCAUAGACUUCUUGUUUCAAGGACGGGAUUCAUCUUAACAAGAUUUUCGUAGAUUUUAUUUUAACCUCACGAGUACGCAAUGCCAUAGAGAAACAAAGUAUAAUUUUACAGCAUUUACGAAUUUUACAAAUUUGUAGUUAAUAAUAUGCUUGAGAUGUUGUGAUUGUUCCGAUCUGGUACAACGCUUGAUAAUUUUCGUGAUAUAUUUGUAUAAAUAUAAUAUCAGGUCUAUUCUGUAACACAGAUUUCUAAUUAUCAUUCUCAAGUGAUUUCAAUGUCUUAUCCACAGAUACAGAAUAUGUAGUUCUGUCAACAUCAGUAUUGACUUAUUCAAAUUUUUUAUACAUGUGACAGUGACAUAGAGUUUAAUGUCAAACUCUUUAAGGAACUAAAAAGUUAUCAAGUUGUAGAGUAGAUCGGUUGAAUCAGCUCUGCAUAGUUUAGUUAGAAGUUAGCCUGAUAUCCUUAAGGACUUUGCUUAGUGUAAUAUUAUACACUUGCAAUGUAUCACUUAAACGGUUUUGAUUAAUAGGAAAUUGCAUUUUACUCUAAUAUUUCAUUGAUUAUAUAACGAUCUAAGAAACUUAGCAUGAACUAUGCGAUAGUUCUAGGUAUCAAACAAUGCAUACUUACAAAUUGUACUAAAAAUAUAUUUGGUGCUUCCUAUUUAGUUCCAUAUAAGCACAGAAACAACAAUCCAUAACGUUUUGUGAUUGUGAAUUUUGUAUAAAGGAUAUCGUACGGUUUGUGCUAAGAGUCUAGAUAUAAUUUAAAUAUAUAAAUGUACAAUUCGUAUGGCGUCAAGCGAAGACAAACACACGAAUAAGGUUCGAACACUGAUGUGGAAUGAAAAAUAAUGCUACCACUUGAACCGGUCGGCUAUGAUUGUCUGUCUUGCUUAUUACUAUAUAUAAUGAGCAGGAUGGCAAUGCUUACACAUCUGCCAGUAUAUUUCUGAACUGUUAUUUAUUGUUGUUAAUUUUUAUACGCUUUGUAGAACAGUUUACAUAGUUUUUCGUUUAUUUUAUUACCCUGCACAAUAUGAAAUUAUAGUUUUCAGUGAUAAGUAGGUAUUACAUGGUUAUUGCAGGAAUUGUGCGAUUUUUUAUUUUGUACUUUUAUUGUUUUUAUAAGGCGAAUGUUCCACGGCACUUGACAAUUUGGUGCUUGUCACUUUUUAGGUAUAGAAGCUUUAUGAAGUUUUAAAAGGUUUUUCCCGAAUUGUAAAUAUUCCAUAAAAUAUUUUUAAUCUUACGCUGAUACUAUAAUCAUGUAAAUGCAAACUGUUGAGUUAUAAUUAUUUAUAGUACUGUACUAUAAUUAACUGAAGCUUCCCUGUUAAAGAGAGUUUCCAUAGACAAUGUUUUGUAUAAAAUCCACGUUUUGCAUUUUGUUAACCAUAAACGGCCUUUAUACAUUAAUAUUUAUCUAAAAAAUAUGCUGGAAAUACACAAUAUGUAGAUCAAACGAAAUUAUGAAUGUAUCAUGGUUGUGAGUGUCAAAAUAAAUGUAUCAUUUAACAAUCGCUUAGACUAGUAAAAGGUUGAGGAUGAUUUGAAAAUAUUGAUAAUCAAAUGUUUUAACUGUUUGAUUACACACAUACAUAUUGUGUUUCAUAAGCAUUUCUCAUUUAUAUAGUUGCAUUUACAUGAAAUGGUUAAGCCUAGCUCGUAGCUAGAACAAAUUAACAAUUAUCACAGUACAUAAUUGAGAAUAUAUUUUUGUGGGAUGUUUUGUGGUCAAAAAUAAAAGCCGACUGUAUUAUCACAAUAAGUAUGUUUAAUAAUAAUGGAUUGGAAACAGACAACAUGCAAUUAUUAAUUUGUAUUUUGUGGGCAAAUAAAGCGUUAAUGCGUCAUA